AUGGUCCUCAAGGACCGUGUGUCCCUCCAGCAACCCUUGGUGCGGCUGAGAGGAGGAGCCCAGGUCGGGGAGGGCCGAGUGGAGGUGCUCAAGAAUGGUGAAUGGGGAACCGUCUGCGAUGACAAGUGGGACCUGGUAUCUGCCAGUGUGGUCUGCAGAGAGCUUGGCUUCGGGACUGCUAAAGAGGCUGUCACGGGCUCCAGGCUGGGCCAAGGGAUUGGACCCAUCCACCUCAAUGAGGUCCAAUGCACAGGGACCGAGAAGUCCAUCAUAGACUGCAAACUCAACACGGAGUCUCAAGGCUGCAACCACGAGGAAGAUGCUGGUGUACGAUGCAACAUUCCCAUCAUGGGCUUCCAGAAAAAGGUGCGCCUGAAUGGAGGCCGUAAUCCCUAUGAGGGCCGAGUGGAGGUACUAACAGAGAGGAAUGGGUCCCUUGUGUGGGGGACCGUAUGCGGCCAGAACUGGGGCAUCGUGGAGGCCAUGGUGGUCUGCCGGCAGCUAGGCCUGGGCUUUGCCAGCAAUGCCUUCCAGGAAACCUGGUACUGGCAUGGAAAUAUCUUUGCUAACAAAGUGGUCAUGAGUGGAGUGAAGUGCUCAGGAACGGAGCUCUCCCUGGCACACUGCCGCCAUGAUGAGGAGGUGGCCUGCCCCGAGGGUGGGGUGCGGUUUGGUGCUGGAGUCGCCUGCUCAGAAACUGCCCCUGACCUGGUGCUUAAUGCCGAGAUUGUACAACAGACAGCCUACCUGGAGGACAGGCCCAUGGCCCUGCUGCAGUGUGCCAUGGAGGAGAACUGCCUCUCGGCCUCCGCAGUCCACACCAACCCCACCACAGGCUACCGUCGCCUUCUGCGGUUCUCCUCCCAGAUCCACAACAAUGGCCAGUCUGAUUUCCGCCCCAAGAAUGGCCGCCACGCGUGGAUUUGGCAUGACUGCCACAGGCACUACCACAGCAUGGAAGUAUUCACUUACUAUGACCUGCUCAGCCUCAAUGGCACCAAGGUGGCUGAGGGCCACAAGGCCAGCUUCUGCCUGGAGGACACGGAGUGUGAGGGAGACAUUCAGAAAAGUUACGAGUGCGCCAACUUCGGAGAGCAAGGCAUCACCAUGGGCUGCUGGGACAUGUACCGCCAUGACAUCGACUGCCAGUGGGUAGACAUCACCGAUGUGCCCCCUGGAGACUACCUGUUCCAGGUUGUCAUUAACCCUAACUACGAGGUGCCAGAGUCAGAUUUCUCUAACAACAUCAUGAAGUGCAGGAGCCGCUACGACGGCUACCGCAUCUGGAUGUACAACUGUCACGUCGGUGGAGCCUUCAGUGAGGAGACAGAACAAAAGUUUGAACACUUCAGUGGACUUCUAAAUAAUCAGCUCUCUGUGCAGUAAAGACGACCCCGGGCCAGGCAUGAUGGCUCAUGCCUGUAAUCCCUGCACUUGGGCUGAGGCAGGAGGAUUGCCACCAGAUUUCCACUCUGGAAAUUAAACCAAGCUUCUGUUUCCAAAAUGAAGAGAGAGAGAGAAAGAAAAAGAAAAAAAAGAAGAAAAAUGACUUAAUGGUCACCUACUGAGACACUCUAGUGUCUUGGGGGUAGAUGGGGGGGUACCAAUUGCCACCUCCCUGCUAGCCAUAUCCAUCUGAGAAGAAAGGUGCUCGUUCAUUCAUUCAGCAGGCGCUGCCGCCUGUCCCUGCCCUGAGGCCUCAGGGGCAGGGGUUCUGGCACACGGCUAUGGGAACUGGAGGGCAAGCCAUGAGCAGCUUACCCCAUCCAAGCUUUGGCAUCUCCUAAGUGUGACAUCACCACGCUCUGCACAGAUGGGCCAUUUUCUUCUGGAGAUGUGGCAGGUGUGAACUUAGCAACUGCAGAGGUGGUCAAGCUAAAUUCCAUUUUCCCCCUUCUUAGGUCAUUUCUGGAAAACUUGAAUAUCAAGACCUCUGUACUAAGUAUUUUUUUUUUCCUCAUUGUACAAACACAAUUCUUGACAAAAUCAACUUGAAGAAGGAAGGCUUUAUUUGGGCUCUUGGUUUGAAGACCCAGCCCGUCAUGCGUGGCAAAGAAGGCAUUGCAGCAGGAGCAUUGAAGCAUCUGGUUUCAGGCUCACUAAACAGCUGAUGAUGACCUUGAACUUCUGAUCCUCCUGCUUCCACCUCCAGAGUGCUAGGGAUCAAACCCAGGACUUCACACAUGUAAGGCAACGCACCCUUUAACAGUUAACAGCUGCUUUCUCAGCUCUCACUGUUCUCGGCUGCUGUAAACUUGUACGUGUUCUUUUCUUUACCAAACUGCACAUUUUUUCCGUAUCUUUCUGCUCCACUUGCUCACUCAUUUUUACUUGGGCCUGAAUAAGAGCAGUGAAGUGGAACUGUACCACAGCCUGAAUGCCAUUCCUGUCUUAAAAUGUCCUCCACCAAACAAAUUAGUUCAUCAUUCUUGAGUUACGACUCACUCGAGUGCUCAGAACCAGGCACGAUGCAGCUGGAUCCUGGCCAGGGUGUGACGUGAUUGGCUUUUAGCUCAGUUCUAGAUAGCCCUUGAAACCUCAGGUACCAGGCCUCCACUGUCCACAUUCCUCUAGGCAUUCUGGGCCUUCCAAACUCCCACCAGAAUACCCCAUUCAGCUCUGUUCUCAGCACUCUAGGGCUUUUCAGGCCCGAAGUUCCAAGCUCGAGAAUGCUACAGCCAUGCUUAUCACCCCCUCACAGUAUAAAUCUGCAUUCAUUGUUCUCAUUACUAUUACAACAUACUUGACAAAAACAAAGUACAAAUCUGUAUUAGUUAACUUUUCUCAUUACUAUCUCAAUAUACUUGACAAAAGCAACUCAAGGGAAGGUUAGUGUGGGCUUACAGUUCAAGAGUGCAGCCUACCAUACUGGGAAAUGUGUGGUGCCGGGUGCAGGAGGCAGCUGGUCAUAUUGUAUCCCAUCAGGAGGCAGAAUUAUGAAUGCUGGUGCUCCACUCGCUUUCACCUUCGUAGUCAGCCUACAUCCCCAGCCCGUGGAAUGGUGCUACUGCUGUGUUGGGGGUGCCUUCCUUCUAUUAAACCUCUUCUGGAAGCACCCCCAUAAUCCACCUACAGGUGUUGUUUCCAUAGUGGUUCUAGAACCCACCUAGGUGACCAUCAAGGUUAUCUUUAACAAUCUCUUAAACUGACUUCUGUAUUCCGUGCAACAAUAACCACAAUUUAAAGAACAAUAAAGCCAUACAUUCCAAGA